GUUUCGUUGACCAGAGCCGCAUCGCGCGCGCACCGUUCGAGCCCUCCGCUGCAUCCUUCCAAGUCGUUCCUUACAUUCAUCUCCUUCUCUACUACCAACACAGCAAACAUGGGCGCAAAUCUUUCCAAGGCAUUGGGGAAAAUCUUUGGGAACAAAGAGAUGAGGCUCCUUAUGCUGGGUCUUGAUGCGGCAGGAAAGACCACUAUCCUGUACAAGCUCAAGCUGAACCAGUCCGUCACCACCAUCCCCACCGUCGGCUUCAAUGUCGAGACCGUGACGUACAAGAACGUCAAGUUCAACGUUUGGGACGUCGGCGGACAGGACAAGAUUCGCCCGCUAUGGCGGCACUACUACACCGGAACCCAGGGCCUCGUAUUCGUGGUCGACAGCCAGGAUAGGGAGCGUAUAGACGAGGCGAAGCAGGAACUGCAUCGGAUAUUGAGUGACCGGGAGAUGAAGGAGUGCUUGUUGCUGGUGUUCGCGAACAAGCAGGAUCUGCCUGGCGCCAUGUCACCGGCGGAGGUCACUGAGAAGCUCGGCUUGCACCGGAUGCGCGAUCGGUCCUGGUAUGUUCACCCCAGUUGUGCCACUACUGGCGAGGGUCUCUUCGAAGGUCUCCAAUGGCUGUCGCAAAACGUCAAGAAGCGCCAGCAGUAGACGGCUAGCUCGUUCUUGCCCCUCCCGGAUUCAAUCACGCUAUUUCUGGUCUUCCACAACUUCGUUUCGUGUUUGGUUCGAUACCCCCGGUACCGUGUACAUUUUUUCGACUACCCAACUGUCCUCUUCUUGCGUUACGACCCGCACGAUGACGCAACGACACGGACGGUCUCCUACACGUCUUCCCCCAUAGUAUUCGGCCGCGCACCCGGAAAUCAUGUCCUCCACCCUCAACGUCUCGCCGACCCCGACUUGAUAUUUCCCUCUGCCUGCUUAUUCCCUCGAGUACACAUCGUUUCCUGACUUAAUUGUAGUU